AUGAGUAACAACCCGCAGGCCGUAGUGGCUGUUAAGGAAGAGCACGUCAUUAUCGAUGGAGUUCGAUUGAAAAAGAAGAUGGAAGUCGUUGCAACAGAACAAGGGUUAGUUUGUGCUGAUAACACUGAAAAUGUUCUAAAAGCUUUGAUUUAACGAGUUCGGUUAUGCAGACGGAUCAGUUCACGGCGAUGAUAUCUGAAUUCCUGUUCAAUCCCGAAAGUAGUUGCUUACCCCCUUUAUUCGAAAGUAGACUUUGUUUACUCUUUAAAACGAUGAUUCUUCCCUAUGUUUUACCCUUAAUUGGAUCUAGUGGUUUGAUGUGCGCAAAUUUAAUUGACUCCAUUAACGGAUGACUAAUUAGGCGGAAGUAAUACUGAGUUCUAACUAAUUUCUUUUCUUUUCAUCUUUUCAUCCAACCUCUUAGUAAGCUUACUGAUACUGUAGCCGAGAAUUCAACUAGUCCUCUGUGCCUGUCAUUAAAAUCUGCUUAAAGUUCUUUAAGUUGGUAGAAUUCGUUUGUAAAAUUGAAGCGAGUGUUUUACAUAUUUCUUCGAGAAGAAAUAUGUAAAACUUUGAUAACUUUUCUUUGUUUCAAUUUUUUGUUUAGUCUUUACUCUCCAAUGAUUUAGCCACACAGUGCGACCUUGUCUCUAAAGCAUAGAUAUUUUCCCAUUAAAACUAUCCUAAGCACAACAAGACAAUUUGGUUGUUGAUGUACAUUGCCCACAAAGACGUUUCGAGCGUUAGCCCUUCGUCAGAGCGAAUGAUCUGUUUAAACAGAUCUUAAAUCUUUGCUCUAAUUAAAUAAUUUAGCAAGCCAAAUUUGAAUACCUGUUUCAUGUAAUUGUAGAUAAAAAUAUCAAUUUCUCCUUUUAGAAAGCUUUUGUUAGGGACGAAACUCUAUGGGAAUUCCCGUGAAUUCGCCACUAUACAUACCGAUUUGGUUCCUUGGUAGAGAGAUAAAACGUAAAUAAGAAAUCAAGCCCUCACUGGAACAGUCUUAGAACUUCUGAGUUUCCUCGGUAGACUCCAAGGCUUUUGUACGAUGACCAAUGAUAUCUGUCCUAUUGCGACUAUGUUUCGUCUCUUUCUUAGAUUCACCCAAUCUAAUAUGUGCAGUCAAAGUGUUCUUUACUCAAGAUGUUAGUUUCAUUUUGCUAACACUUAAAUUUCUUUCAGCAUUUCUUUCAGAGCCUCACUUGCCACGGCUUUUUGUAGCUUAUAAAAGGAGAAAAGGCGAGCAAGACCUAUUAGGCAUUCAGAACGGUCUGAUCAAAUCAUUCCUUGAUUAAUUUAAAUCAAAUCAAUAUUCCAUUAUCUAUUGCGUUUUCACUAAAAGUUUUGUGCUUAAAUAAUUUGGGUUUUCAUUUCUUCGAAUUUGGCACUACUGAGCAAAUUUACUUCGGGUCAGUUAGAUCAAGGUAGCGUUCACAAGCUUCCUACCUAAUUCCCCCCAGGGCUCUUGUUAUUCUAAAGACCCGCCCCCCCCCCUCCAUUAUCAAUCAAUUUUCUAUGAUCCGCACUCUAUACUCUAUUAUCGACUACCUAUAUCCGCUACAUUCCGCUGUAAACCACGUGAUCCUCUCGAAAUCCUCUAAAAAACCCCUCCCUACCCUCCUCAGGCGAUUAAUUAUGACCUGUCGGUUAGGACAAUUUUUUUGUCCAGUUUUUUGUUGUCUUAUCGAUGCAAACUGUCCUGUUACAGGCGAUCAAGUGCUAAGCUGUUCCAUGCAUCAUCAAAAAAAUUACCUCAGUUUCUUACUCAGCUUCUAACAAAGCUGUUUUCAUAUUCAGUACAAAGCUAACAAAUGAACUUAACUCGUACAGCAUUAUACUAGGUUGUUAGAACAGCAAUGCUAUUACAUAGUUUAGUAUAUAAGAGAGUAUUUCCAGCAAGCUUUAAGAAUUAUUUGAAUAAAGUUUCUCAAAAUAAAAUUACGCAUUGAUUUAUGACGACAUACUGACGCAUUAAGCCCCCAUCGUCGUUACUGAUUGGCUGCAACCAACCAGGGUCCUCCUUUUCCUGAAAUACAAAAACUCAAAGUUGUUGGUCAGUAGAGUGUAGUCACACCUUAACGAUUCGACUUGGAAAUGAACAGCAACCUGCAGGCCGAAGAGGCUAUUAAGAAAGAGCUCAUCGAUGAAGUUCCAUUGGAAAACAAGACACAAGUCGUUGCUACAGAGCAAGUCUUAGUUCAGCCGAUAACACAAAAAAAGGUUCUCAAAGCUUUGAUUUAACGAGUUCAGUCAUGCAGAUGGAUCAGUUUACGGCGAUGAGAUCCGGUUUCUUGUUCAAUCCCUGGGUUAGUUAAACUUAUAAUACUGAAAAUUUUUCCAUAGCUUUACUCCAAUGAGUUUUCCAGCGCAGGUACAAAUGUAGAUCUGUUUACGGGGAUGAGAUCUAAUCUACUGUUCAACCUUUGUAAAUUAAAGGAGAGUCGUUUAAGUCUGUAAGUAAAUUCAGUGGUUCAGUGGGAGUUGACUUCAUAACCAGAUCAUAAUUAAGCGGAAAUGACUCUGAGUUCUGACUCAUUUCAAUGAUUUCUGCUCUCGACCUCUUGGUAAGCUUGCUCAUAACCGAGAGUUCACCAUCUCUUGCUCUUCUCUUUCUCCUUCAACUAAACCUUGGAAUUCAGUUAAUAAGUUUAUUGUCAUAUGACCACUAAGGCCCUUUCCGCACUAGCGAACAAGACCAAAAUUGUCCCGACCAAAUCAAAGAACAAAUUUCGUCAUGAAGAAUUUUCGUUUCGUCUGUUGCAUCCGCACAAAAAUUUCAAAGCCGCCAAAAUCCGUCAGCGCCUGAUCUGUUCAUAAGUCCGGCCAGCACAGUUUCCAAAGGGUUCCACCUGCAAUUUUCAGGAUUAUCCUGAGCCUUUUUAAAAUUUUAGAAUCCCCAAGUUGCAACAAAGAUAAUUUUUGCCUCUCUAGUAAACUGAUUUCAGUUCAAUUACACGCUUGUCGUAGCUUAUACGACAAAUAUUUAAAUGUCCCAAGGUGGGUAGCAAAAAGCUCAAAAGCGAAACACAUAUGUUUUAAAACUUUGUACAUUUCCCAGCCGUCUUAUGGCAGAAAUCACCAGAAACCGCAACGGACACACAAGGUGUGUAAAAUGUUCGCAUUUCGGAAUAUUUAACGCAGUAAAUUGACCAUAUUUCAAACUAUUCCUCAUAACAUAUCACGUCAAUGGUUCCUAACCUAACACCGCGUAACACAACGCGUGACGCUUUCAUAAAUAAAUACAUACGUUUCCGAGAAUUAAGCUUUCGUCUUUCUCGAGACGUGAGCUAGGGGCAAGCGCAACAACAACCUCAAGAAACCUCAACCCAGCACCCCAGGUUUGUAAGAUUGUAUGUAAACGCGUUUUAUUUUGCGACCAUGGUUAGGCGGGUUACCUCACCUACCUCCAUGUAAACAGGCCCUUUGGUCGACUUUGCUAAAUUUUAACCCGGGACAAAUUUCGUCAGCAGUGUGUUUGAAGAUUUGUCCGCUUUAGCCAAAAUUUUUCAGGUCGCAUUGAAAAUGUUCUCAAAGGUUUUAUUUAACGAGUUUGGUGCAGGUGAAGACUUCUUCACUUAAGAUAUUACUUUCAUUUUGCUAACACGGCCGGGGAAGUGAUAGAGGCAAGUGAAGUCAAUUUGCCCGGAAGGUAAAAGUCUACAGUAAAUAUUAGCCUUCAACAUAAGAGAAUUUUCUCAUUGAAAAUUGAGCCCCUGAUGUCACGUAAAGCUUCAAGGAGACUACGACAAAAUCCUUCAACAAACAGCAAGAGUGGAAAAUGAAGAAUAUCAAAACAGAUUGUAAAUGGAGAACUUUAGCAAUUAACACAGGACGCGAUGCGAUCUCGGUUGAUAACAAUAAUCAUUGAUUAAUAAUGGCAAUGAUAAUAUAAGGAAUAAUAAUAAGUAUUACAGACAUAAAAACAUGCUUUCCGAAACAUUUCGAAACAUUUAUUUUUUAUUUAUCGCUCUUAACGUACAAAAAUAACUAGAUGACUAUUUUAAAAACCAAUUAAGUAUUGCAUUGUCAAAGGAAUGUAAUUAUGAUACACACCUUGUAAAUAUGUUCUGGCCAGGUGAAAUUCUGCUUCAUUAUAGUUACAUGGCAUUUUGGAAGAAUUUUAAGCAGGGUUAUAUACGACAUAUGAUUAGAGUCUGGGCAGAAGAGAGGAUCUGCAAAGUGUCACGAGGAGUUUGACAAGAGUUCAUGCCACAUCCAUUUUGAUGCAUGACAUUUUGUUUUGGCCUUUUUCAUAACAUCUCCCGCACUACUUUCCCUUGGGGAGGUAGCUCUUCAUUAAGAAUCGAGGCAAUUCCUUUUCCCUCUUUUAGCAAUCUUAAUCCUAAGAGAGGAUCUUAAACCAACCAAUCCUGUGUCACAGGGAGUUUGACAGGAGUUUAAAUGACAUCUAUACUAUUAGAAGUAAUUUAAAGGAAAAACGUUCUCUAUUUUGGCUUCUUCUAGGACACUUCCCCCACUACCUGCCCCACAGGUUGUUGUGAUAGAUUCUCCACCACCAUCAAAUGACGGCUGUUGUGACUUUUGUUUCAAGUGUGAAAGCGGCUACAGCUGGUACGACUUGCAAGGGAAAAGUAUAUACUCAAAUGCUUUCAGAGCCUCACUUGCCAGGGCCCUUUGUAGCCUAUAAAUGUGGAACUUUCAAGAAAGAAGAGGCAAGCAUAACCUAUCAGCCAUUCAGAACGGUCUGGUCUAAUCAUUCCUUGAUCAAAAUCGACAUUAUUCAUUUACUUAUACUUAUCAAUCUGCCAAAGUAUUUAUCUAUCGAUUUAUACAUUUUCAAAUUCACACAUAUAUAUAUUCAUUCAUUAAAUCAUUCGUUCAUGUCCGUAAUUAUCUACUCUCGGAACUAAAAUGCAUUGAAUCAGCGUCCUGACGUUCUUCGAUUUGACAGCUUAUUUACGGAUAAGAAAAAGAAAUUUAAAAAUUAAGUCAUCAUAUUUUAUAGAGCAAGGUCUAUAUAGGAUAGCAACAUCCAAAUAUGAAUAUGUUGAGUUAUUUCUCAUUAAAACUAUUAUUUAGAAAAUGUUAUUGUUCUCGUUUGUUACUGCCGAAACGUCUCAUACCGUUGAACGAAAAAUAGAAAGAUCCGUUAUCGUGUUUGGCAUUCAAGAUGUUACUGAAAUUAGCAACUCUUAACUCACCUCACCUUUGCAAACCCACAUUCGAAAAAUGUAGAACAUCUAGUGUUUGGAUUUCUGCAGCGAAGUCAAGAUUCAAAAGAAGAGAUGAUCCUCUUUGGUGAGGUGUUAUAUAAGCACUUGCCAAAGAGUAACUGGAAAAAUUCAGGCAUCAACGGAAUUCGAACCCAGGCCUCUCAGAUACUAGCUGGGUGCUUCUACCAACUGAGCUACGAAGCCGCACGUUGGGGGAGACGAAUUUUAAGCUUAGAAAAGAUUUUUAAUUGAUUAGGUUUCAAAACUCUAAUUUGCUUCAUCAUUUUUCAGGUGUCUGCAUUGUCCUGUUGUUGCUUGUGGGUUACUUGAUCUUUGGAAUUAUCGGUUUGGCCUAUUUAGUGCUGUAUUGUCUUUGCACUUGCCUCAACCUCUCAGAUGGAGAUGACUGA